UUUCAGGGGACCUAAAACUUGUCUACACCCCCGCCUUUAGCUUCCUGUUUCUGAACGCUCACCUGUUUGCUUCGCGGCUGACGUGGGGCGUUCAGGUACUCCCCUCGCAAAGAAAGACACAAAAUGGAGCAGGAACUACCUGGCUGAGGAAAAGUGGCAACGCCCGCGCUCAGUGUUAUGCAUUUUUUGUUUCAUUUUCUCUUUUUUUGAUAUAACUAUUUAGAUAGGUCGACUGGCACUCGGAAGAAAAGGAAUAAACAUGUUUUGGACGUUUAUCAUCGCCGCUUUAAUGGCGACAGGUAAGUUAGCCGUUUUUUUUUCCAAACAGGGUGGGCCCUCUUCCGUGAGAAGUCUGUUGUUAGAUACUACCGCCGUGACAUUAAACACCAUACUGGAGAUUUUUACGGUUGGACAACUCAUUUUCUUUUAAUAUAGAUAUUUAUACUCAUGUCAGAUAAUGUUAAUCAGCUUACUUUUUUUGUAUUUUAAAACUAAAAGCAUUUAAGAACAUUAUUGUACCAGGUUAACAACCAGUUGUCUUUUUCCCAGUGAUACAUAUUUAAUAAAGACACCAGGUGUCUUAUUAUUUUGCUAAACAAGGUCAUAUAUUUCCCAAAAGAGGUAAACAAAUUAUCCCUUUAUUGCCAUAUUUGAUACGUACUUUUAUGGUACUUCUAUCAAAUCAAUAUGAUCAACAAAUUACUUAAAAAAAACACCUUAAUACAGUCCGAUAAACGAUAAAAAUGUCCUCUUGUGGUUUAUCAGUUUCCAAAACCAUCCAGUGUAUGUAAUAUAAUGUAAUGGGUUUAACACAAAUAUAAAGCAGAGACCUCGUGGUUUGCAAAGCCCGUAGAAAACACCGAAAAGUUCUUUAAUACUGAACAACAGUUCAGGGUUACAGGGAGGGAUGAGGGGGAAGUUUGACUCAAAGCAGGCACACACUUUCAGAGGGUGGGGGAUACUUCAGAGAGACACCUUCAGUGAAACUCAUAACAGCACCAGAAAAGGUAUGAUGACAUAAAUAACUACCACUCAUAAAUAUAUACAGUAACAGAGCGCUACGCUUUCCCAGGCAAUUGCAAAAAUGUAUUGAGCCAAACAAAAAAUACCUAAAGUACAAGUCUUUAUUGUGUUUUCAAAGCUUGGUUUAGACUGCUCAGCUGUUCUCAAAGCAUGUAACUCAUGCAUACCUGUUGAAAUUACCUGUCUGUGAUGGUCAGGUCACAAACCAGAGCCCGUCUGAGGUGAGUCAUUACAUACACCCACUCGGUGAUACCAGCAGUGGGGAAAUGUUUAUGAUAGCCCACGCCCUCUGAAGAUAAUCCAGCCUUACUUAAAACUGUUACCUAAUAUGACUAUCGUUCUUAUUGUAUUCUUAGUCAUAACUUUGAUUUCAUACUCAGUCUUCAUUUUUUUUCUCAUUCCUCUGUAGAGUCCACCCUGGCCAUCUCGGUCCAGACCCCAACAAAGAGGCACAUUGUCAUCCUCUUCCAACCCGUCACCCUCACCUGUGCCUACCAGACAACAGCCACACAGCCUCCUGUUGUCACAUGGAGGUACAAAUCAUAUUGCCGGGACCCCAUCCAAGCAGCGUUGAAUCCCAGCAGUGCAGAGAACAUCCUUUCCCAGAACAACCCCAACUACGACCCCAACAUCGAGUGCGCUGACAGCCAGAGGACGGUGCGAAUAGUGGCCUCGAAGCAAGGCAAUGCAGUCACCCUGGGAUCGUACUACCAGGGCCGCAAGAUCAGUGUCCUCAACAGUGAGUUUAUUAAAGACUAGACCUUCUUAUACAUCUGUAUUGCAUUUCAGUAUUAUAAUGCCCACACCAUACAUGGGCCCUGCACAAUCUCCAGGCAAAUUCUGGACAAUCAGGUCCCAAAAUUUUGACCUUUGAGGAGUUUUCUGACAUUUUAAUGCUUCCCCAAAACAGUGUGGUGGAAACGGUGUGCUGUUUAAGCUCAAAUGUAAAGUCGUCCAUCCUGUAAACAGGGGCAUUCAAAUGGAAGACCUCAGUUUACUUCCAACCUGCGGUUCUUUGCGUACAGUAAUCUCUUCCUCUUCCCAGCUUUUCACUCUAUUCACCAUCCUCUCUAGGAAGAGGCUCGAAAUUCAAAUUAUAAGCUAAAAAAUUAAAGUGGCAGUGGCUUUUCAAACAUGAUGACCACCAUAGACUGCUUUUGAAAAACUGAGCGACAUCAGGAUACAGAAACAUCUCAUUUCAAAUUACACAAGCAUUAAAACUGUAAAACACAUGUACAAAAAUGAUGUUCAUGUCCAACCAGAGUGAUUGUGCUAACCGCCUUCUUUCCUCAGCGACAUCUUAGAACACUCUGAGGACAUUGAACAUACCACGACAAAAUGAUGGGUAUGUCUAGACUAGACGAGAGGAAAUGAUUACACUCUCUUUAAACAUAAGUCAGGAACAAUGUAUGGUUCAGACUGUAAAGGAAAGCAAUGAUUGAACUAUGCCACAGACUGACAUUUAUAGUACUUUUAGUUAAAUGAACUUCCUUUCAGCUACCCACUGCUGCUGGGAAGAACCUCUGUACUAUAAGAGAUGUCUUUAAAUGAAGAAUUAGUUGGAAGUGUGCUGUCAUAACAGCUGAGGGGUCGGCUUAGUACCGAGAAACAAAAACUAGAAACCUUCUGAAUUAGUGGGUUGAUGAUGGGGCCUUUUUGUUGGAACACUAUUGAAUUUCCUUUCAGCUACCCACUUGCUGCUGCGAAAAAACCUCGAUACCAUAACAGGAAACGAGGAAUUACUUUGAAGUGUGCUGUCAUUACACCUCUGCGCAGAACUGCAGCGGGCUCUUAUGGUUUUCCUGUCCUCUGUAUUUGUACCUUUCCUAAGAACUGUCUGCCAAGUCUGCUCAUAAAGAGCUGAUGCAUAGUUUCAACCAAGAUUAAAUUUAUGAAUCAAUAUGGCCUGAGUCAAAUCAGUACGUAUCUACACAUUAAGGAAGAAACUCUAAAUCUAAAAUGUUAUGUACUGAUGCUGACGAUGACAUUUAUUUUUCUCAUGAGGUUUUAUCAUCAACAAAGAAUAUUAGCACCCAAACAUAUAUAAUUCAGAUUUGCAGUCAGCAAAUACAAGAUUUAAAAGAAAAGGCCAGAUGAUGAAGUCAGUUAAAAAACAAAUUAAUCAAUAUCUCUUCUUAUGUCCGAACUUUUACACUCAGAUUUGCUGCAAAAUGAACUAGCCAAAAUGAAAUAGAUAAAGACGUAUCUGUCUACCAUACCCUCAACAUAAACAUACAGGAGUAACCUCUCAAUCUGGUGUGUGUGGUGGAAAAUUUCUGAGCUUAAUUGAAAAUGCAAAAAGGUCAGAUUAUGGAGGACACGGUUCUAAGCUGCAGAUUGUUUCGUGUUUGUGGUGUCAAUGACAAGAUUUCCAAAAAGUUCAUCUCAAGUGUCAACCUCGCUUUGCCAUACAACCUGUUAAUCAGAAUAUCCUGCACUACAAAAAAGGAUCUUAAUCUCAUAAUAAUGUUGUAAUCUGAGCAGUGUAAGGAACAUGACUAAAGAUUAAAACGUACAUUAUCUCAUGCUUAACAUUAAAUAUUUACCUCCUCACUAAGAGGAAAGCCAGCACAGCUAAACAAAGCUUAGGGAAAUGGCUGAGACCCGUGGGCCAAAAAAACACAUGCAAGUUGCAAAUCUACUGAAAUACUAUCAACACAUUUAUCCAGGGAUGAGAAUUGAGCAAGUGCAUUAGCUGAGAUAAAACAGAUUAGUGACUCCUCCAAAGGUUUACUCUAAAUAUUUGAGGUUUAAUGACAAAGGUGUGAUCACUCAGAGGUGCAGAUAAAAGCUGCAUGAAUAAAAAGACCGUACAAAGAACACGGACUGCAUCAUAAUUUAGGCUGGAGAAACUGUUAUCUGUCAGAAAGAAGCAUAAAGUGUUUUACAGACAUCCCUUAGAUCAGGGGUGGGCAAUUCAUUUUUACAUGGGGCCACAUGGGAAACCUAAACUGUGUUGGAAGGCUGAACCAACAAUAACUUCAACUUCAAACCAGUGGGUUUACACGUACAGAAAAGCAAGCCCAAAUAAGCAACUACUAGUUAAAAACAAGCCUCCAAAGAAGCGCACCCGCCACUCACGAGUUUUACAAGCGACUUCUGAGAGAAAAAGGCUUAAAGUCUUUUAUAAUAAGCAAACUUAGCAACCUCUAAGACGUCUGUGAAUAUUUUGCGUAUGUUUAAACUUGUCUCUGUUCACAGAUCUAGGAUGUACGCACGUGCGUCCAAAUGGAAAUAAAACAACGGCUAGGUUUUCAAGAUAAAAGUGACACACUUCUAUAGCAUGUUGAUGAGUUGAGUGACGGACCUCAAGAAGGGCCCGGCAGGGAAGUCCAAAGGGCUGUAAAAUGCCCAGGUCUGCCUUAGAUUAACUGGUGCUAAUCUAAAGGAAUGAAAUGAUUUUCUUGGACUUGUUUUAGAUUUUAGGGGGACAUGUUGAGUAGAAAACAAGAUUUAGGCGGGAAUUUUACAAUCGAAGUUGCACUGGAGGGCAAAUAUUCAACUUUGAAUGGUACACGGACAUUUCCCGAACUUAUUCAUGUGUUUCCUGUCAUUAAAGCUUUAGUUCAACAUGCACAUAUAAAUAAAGUGGAUUGGAUCACUAGACAAGUCCAAGUAAACAGAUAUUUAAUGGGGUACAAUCUGGGUGAAUCUGUUUUAUAAUCUGCAGGUAAAAAGCAGUUAUUUUGAGGUUGUCAACCAGACUUUGAACCCUGGGAUUUUUAAUUUUUCCCCAGAUGCAGACCUGAACAUCGCACAGACAGCAUGGGGCGACAGCGGUGUCUAUGUCUGCUCUGUGAUCUCUUCUCAGGACCUUUCAGGAAACGGUGAAGACUACACCGAGCUAAUUGUUCUUGGUGAGUAACCCGGUCAUGCUCAUAUGCUCAACUUGCUUCCUAUUUCUCUCUGCUUCCCUUUCCUGCUUUUUCAUCUUGUCUCUUACACACAUCCUUAGGGUUUCUCAUAAGGGGAAGUGGUCGAUCUAGACUUUUUAGGGCAGGUUUUGAUUAUCUGGUGCGUUUGGGCAAAGAAAAUACUUCCACCAGCUCUAAGGGAUAUUAUAAGCUAACUAGUUUUAGGCCCAUUCAGAUCAACAACACUUAAAAGUAAUUGUGGCUUUAUCUUUCUUUCACAGAGAGAAAGUCAGAUACUACUGACCUCCUGCCUGAGAUUGACUUACUGGUUAUGGAAGGUAGUACAAGCCACUUUAUAGAGUUCAGCCAUUGUAUGUUUCAUAAACAAGGUGCAGACUUACACAGCAACCUCAGAUGCAUUGCUUCAGUGCAGAAGGGUUUUAUUUCUCUAUUAAACAAUCUGAAUGGAAAGAUUCUCCACCCAACAACCAGCCGCUCAUUUACAGCAUGUAGGCAAACAUCCUGCUCUGAGCAAACACGACCACAGCGUUAUUCUACACACAUACUUCACCCACACUCAUCUUUCUCUAUUUUACUCUCCAUUUUAUAUACUGUUGUUUCUCUCCUUCUCUCUAACAUGGCAAUGCUUUAUAUUCAGCUGUUGUGUUUUUACUUUGUGGCAUGUGUGCCUGAACUGACUUGCUGAGUGAAAGAAAGCCCCGGGCACAAAGAUGAACCGGUUUUACCAGUUUGACAUAACCUUAAAAGAGACUCCAAACUCCCCUGUAGCCAACAUGUUUUCAUGUUCCCAAUGCUCAGUAACAGUGACGUAAUCUGAGUGAAGCCCACAUGUUUAAACAGAGUUUUUGGAUUGAUUAUAAACAACUGUAGCUACAGCGUCUUCUGGGACCGGACUCUGCAGCUGAGCUCUACACGCAGCACGCAAUAUGAAUUCACAGACACGAACCCUACUUCUCACUCCUUCACAUAUUUUUUGUUGUGGUUUCUAGAUAUUCAGAAAUGUGUCAGUUUUAGAGUGAAUCUGCGUUGGUGCUGUAGUGGAAAAGCUGACUCAAACUGACUGUCAAUCAACUUUGAAACCGAAAAAGAAAUGGAGUUGAAGCGGGCAAAAAGCCCCUUGAUAAACAGCUCUAAUGUGGAUAUGUGCUCACCAGUCUGAUAAAUAGACCUGUUAGAGCCCAAUACGUAACAAAGACCCGAAAUGUUAUUAAAAAAAUGUAAUAAAGCCAGAAAUGUAAUAACUUAAUAAUAAUAAUUUAACAAAAGUGUUGAUCCGAUUUGUAAUAAAAAUGAUGGGUAACGCUUUCUUUUACACUUAUUACCAGGUAAUUAACAGGUAAUUACCUAGUAACAACAUGAAAUUAUCUGGUAAUUACAUGUUAACCACUAAGUCAAUACUGUCUAGUUACCAGGUAAGUAACCUUCCAUCAUCAUACAAAUUUGAAGCCGAAUUGCUCUGGUAUUUCCAGGAUUUUCUCUGCUUCAUUGUAGCAUUGUACGCAUUCAGCGGGUGAGUCGCUGUGAUAAUGCUCGGCUCAAACGCAAUCUUUGCACGCCCAUAGGCUGUAUCGAGUGUCAAUCAUAGAAAAUAAGAACCCCAAAUAGCUUUUGAAAAUGGAGCUGCACAGAAAAAAGAAAAACCAGACAGUGUUGACUUAGUAGUUAUCAUGUAAUUACCAGAUAAUUUCAUGUUGUUAUUAUUAGGUAACUACCUGUUAAUUACCUGGUAAUAAGUGUACCAUUAAAGAAAGCGUUACCUAAUGAUGUAAUAAAACCCAAAAUGUAACAAGUUUCUACAUUUCGGGCUCGGCAUUUUGUUACAUUAUCGACCAGUUAUUACAUUUUGGGAUUUAUUACAGUUUUUUAAAUUACAUUUUGGGUCAUUGUUACAUAUCAGGCUCUAACGAGGCUACACCUCUAAUAUUGCAAAUCAAUGCAUAACUUAAUAUCUCAAAAUGUCAACAAGUUGUACAAGAAUUCACCUGCUGUACUGUCGGAACAAAUGAGUCAUGCAGACUGAAGCAGUUUUUUGUACCAGUGUGGUAUAUGUGCUAAAAAAAAUAAUAAGUGAUAUUUUUGGGCAUCUUAGCUUUUAUUAGACAAGACUGCUGAAAAGAUUUGGGAAAUGUGGGGAUUGGAGACUUAGUGAACCCAGCCAGGGACUGCUGCUGUACAGCCUCUGUAUAUUAGGCCUUAACAUGUUUAGCUUAUAACAUGUCAAUGAACACCCAUGACUCCAUAGUUAUGUGGUUGUUAAUGGGGUUUCCUUGGCUUUUUAGAUCUACCCUCUAGUGGUAACUUGAGGAUACUGCAACUUUUGCUCUUAAAGGCUUAAACAUACAGGAUGCGUAUUUGGAGCGUGGCAGCAGCGUUGUGUAUCAAGCAACACAUAGGUUCCCAUUCUAAUCAAUGCAGAGAAGCAUACAGGAUGUCGCUCAACUCCGUCGCAGCAUCGUAUCAAGAGCAGCCCUGCUAAAGAUACGCGCCGAGUCUAUUUUUGGUAUCGAUACCAUCAAGCCAGCCAAACACUUUAAAAAGUGUCCUCGUGUACAGGAGUCUUUAUGAAUGAGUAAAAGUAGAAAAAGUGAAAGUUAGCUGUUUGAAAAUAAUCUCUUUUUUUUGGAUGAAGACAAAUACUUUGACCAUCCCAUUUUGUCUCUACACAGACUGGCUCCUGGUUGUUCUGGUGGUCUUCGGCUUCCUACUGCUGCUGCUCCUGAUCGGGAUCUGCUGGUGUCAGUGCUGUCCACACACCUGCUGCUGCUACAUCAGCUGCCCUUGCUGCCCUGACCGCUGCUGCUGCCCACGAGCACGUAAGUACCAAAUGAAAAACUCCGCACUCAAACCUACAGUCCUUUUCCCCCCACCAUGCUGUUCUGUGAUGACCCGAAGCUUCAUUGAGGAUUGUAAAUCACUGAGUUUAGAGCUCAGUCAAAAAGAAAAGUGGCAGAUUUUGUUAUCAGUACUUCACCAUUUUGUAUCCUGUUCUGUGUGGCUUUUUUAAAAGAGGGUAAAAUACUGUCAGAAAAUACCGUUUAUAUACUUUUUAGAUGGUACGACUGGAAUUAGCAGUGAGGCCUCUUUAUGAACCAGAGAAGUAAAUGAGACUAACAACAACAAGAUUGAUGAUUUCCAUGUGUAUGCCAUUCUCAAUAAAACUUAGUUUAGCUUAGUGUUAAAGCAGGAAUCGAGGCCAACAGCUAGCUGACUCUAAACAGGGAACAUAUGCUCAUUACUUCACUUACACUGAAAGAAAGUGUCUACAUGUUUUAUUUGUUAACUUGAAUUCCUACAAAACUUCAGUAUAAAGACGGAGUUGUUUUUAUUUGUUGUUUGUCUGAUCUGGUGCAGUCACUAACCUUCUGCAGUGUGUGUGUGUGUUUUUCAUCCAAUUCUUACAAGUAAUGACUUCAACUUCAGCUAAUGAAGUACAAGGUGUUUCUGCAUCAGCUAACAGCACUUUUGUUUUUGUUUGUUUGGUUCCUUUUCAGUGUACGAAGCAGGAAAAGCAGUGAAGAAAGGUGUGCCCAGCCAGUAUGCUACCACCCUUUAUGCUCCCAGUAUGUAUGCUCAACCACCAUACACUGGCCCGCUCGCCAACCAGCCUGCUAUACCCCUUCUCCCUCUGCCCAACGGAGUUGGCGGGGUACCUCCUCCUAACGGUUAUGGACGUGAAUAUGACGUUGCCAGCUCCAGUGAGUCAAACAGUUUCUGAAAGUUCUUACUCACAUACAGAAAAAGAGUCUCAGUGACAUCCUGCUCGGUCUUUGUCGUGUUUUGAUGAGCUUUGUUGGUUUCGCAGUUGGACAGGGCUCCCAGGUGCCUCUGCUGCAAGACCCAGAUGGCGGAGACCACAGUAAGUGAAAGAGGAAGGAAAAACAGACCGCAGCAUUAGAUUUUUUGCAGCUGUAAGGCCUCUUCCUUUUUUUCUUUUCUUCCCCUUCAGGCUGAAUAAAAGCCACAUAAAAGAGUACGUGUGAUACUUGGCCAGUUCAUACUCUGAGGACUGCUGUGAUAAACUCCAUACUGUUCAAACCAAGUUACUAAAGCAGUUAUGUGGAACGACAUGAGUGCUGACACAGUAUAAAUAAACAUCAGGGAGACUUUGCUGAAACACAUCUGCCGGUACUUCUUAAUCACACUGGUCAACAGACUCUUGACUAACGGGACACAAGCUUCACUUUAUUCAGACUGAAAAGAUGGUUUGCUGAGUGACAGUCCCGGUCCAUGUUUAGGUUUGUGGAGUUCCUGUAUUUUUGUUUAUGACCUCAACUUCAGCCUGUCAGCGAAUCGUUGUUCCCUGAACUCACUUCAUAAACCCGCACUGAAACCUGCUGUUGGUCUCUCGGCUUUCAUGCCCCAGUCUAAGUCUCACUCUUACUCAUAUAUCUCUUCUCCACCACCCACCGAAAAACGUAUCUGAACUUGUUUCUCGCUGCCAGGCCGCUCAUCCCCUCAGGUCCAAAACAUUUAGAUUUACUUUCUGUUCCUCACUUUCUCUGAAGGACCCAGGGGACAGGGCUUUCUGAGUAAUACCUGUAAACUCCCAAGUGCUCUGCCAACUCUCUGAAGAAUACGUUAAAAAUGUUCCUGUUCAGGCGCAUAUGCUUAACCUUUCUUUUUGAAUUCUCAAUAAGCACAUGUGUCUCGUACCCGAGUACUGUCUCUUCAUUUCUGCUGCUUUUAGUUUGAUGUUAUUUCAAUACCUGUAUUAUUAUUUUCUACGUGUCGCACUGUGUGACUGUGCUAGAUAGAUAAACACAUCGCCUCACUGUCUGCAUGAUCCAAAAUCUGACUUCUUGUCUUCUUCUCACCAGCUCGCAGUGGAUAUCGUAUCCAGGUGGACCCUGACGGGAACGCCACACGCGCUAUUUACUACAUGGAGAAGGAGCUGUCCAAACUGGACCCGUCUAGACCUGCAAAUUACAACCGCUGUGAGUGACUGAUCACCUCCUGUUUCUAAUCGAGUCUCUGUUAACAUGCCUCAGACCUGCUCGUGUGCAGUUUGUCCACGUCGUUCCUUGUAAAGUCAGAUUAAUUCAUUUAAUGACACUUUACAGAGGAGGAGAUGUUAGAUAACUGAGGAUACAGUUUUGGAUCUUUUCAAGAACUUAAUACUUUUUUAAAAUCAAUAUAGACAAAAUAUGGUGUGAAAGAGCACACAAAGGCAUUUACGCACAGAUGGGAAUGUAAAAUGAAGGUAUUGAUCUACCUUUGGGGGAAAGUAGCUCGUUGCAACAGCUCCAGUGCGAGAAAAGGGUUGUGAGGUGAAAGAUAAAAACAUGCAAAAGACAUGGACAGAUGUAAAAGAGAAUAAUAAUAAUCAAUAAUAUUAAAAAAAAACACUAAUGAGUAGUUGGUUAUGGCAAAGUAUAAUGGCGCCGGAUUAUUUAGACACAGAGUGUAGCACAUUGAGAUAAAGUGAAAUACUGCAUAUGUAAAAAAUCUAAAUUUCUUCAUCUCCUAUUCAAUUUUUAUUCCUUUUGAAAAAUGUUAUUUCUGUAUAUGUGAAGUAAAAGGUUACAGGAUCAAAGUGAGCCUGUUUCUAGUAAAAUCCACACUUGUUAACACGAGUAGAGCAGUGUGAAAACGGACUAUUAAAACGGGCGGUCUAGGAAGACAUUAGACACCGUGUUCAUGAGUGAUUUCGCUCGACUUUAAUUCAGGUUUCCACUUUGAAACUUGACCCUUAAAUCUAUGAAGCUCUAUUCUUUCAAGCACAGCAAAUAUAUACACAUCUUUUUUUUUCAGGACAACCUCAGCUGUCAGUUUAUGGAGCAAAGAUUAUGUAAAAUGAAUGUGACAGUAGAUUCAGAACCAUCAAAUAAACCAAAAAACAAAAACAGACAAUACCAACAGUACUUUGCUCAAAACACAUAAAUCUACAGUGACCAACCCUUUUCUCACCUGCUCAUCAUUCUUUUAAGUCUUGGCUAUCAGGAGAAGAAAUAUUGGGAUUGGAACAAACACACAGCAGAAACUAUUUACAUAGUUACACUAAUUCUUCCAGGUGUUUUUUACUAUUUACAGUUGUUUACGCUGCUCCUUGAAGCAGUUCCUGUCUGGGAUGAGACAGAGGGUCACAUCAUACUGCUCAGAAUCUCUUCUCUGCUUGUUUCCAAGCAUUGAGGACCAUUAUUUCUGAUUUUGCAGACAAACAGGGAACUUUCUUGUCUCUUGUUGAUGUUUGGUUACCUCUUAUUGGACACAAUAGAAGAAAAAUAUGAAACCGUGUAAUUGGUCGAAAGUUUGAUAGAAAAAGACGUCAUCAAAACAGCUUGUCAAACCCGGAAGACAUUAGCGUCAUUUAGCGAUAGCGAUCUUUUUUUAUCACAACAAUCUGAUAAAUAAUCCAGUUUUCACCGGUAUAUCACUGCAGAUUUACCAUCAAACGUCUCUGAUCAAACACCUGUUUUUGUGGCUGGAUUGUAAACCUCGUGGCAGGUGUAGAAAUGACUGGAAACCCUCGAUAGAUCACCAAAAGGGUAAGCUUUUGAACACUUUUUACCCCGUAGAAAUACAGAAGAAUGAGUCAUAUUUUGGUUUUCUCGCCAAUAAAGUUUUAACAGAAAUUCAACAUUUAACAUUAUUGGCAAGAAACCCCAAAUAUGACUCCUUAUCUUCAAACCACAUAGACAGCUGCGAACUCUUGCUCGUGUUCCUUAUCUUAACAGGAUGCGCAGUUUCAUCUGUGGUUUGGUUUGGUUUGGAGUGCUCUACCCUGAAUCUUACAGAGGUAAAACAAUGAGUUCCAGUAAUCUCACUCACUAUCUCACUUUUACCCCGUAGAGAUACACGCAUAGUUCCUGAGAAACUGUAAACAAUAUUAAUGGUGUCACAUGGGAGUGGAGUUCUAAGUGUUAAAUAUCAGAAGGCAGUAAGUUCAUGACUGCAGACAGGAGCAGGCUGGUGAGGAAGGCUGUCCUGUGGACCCUGUAGAGGAGGUGUGGGUCAGGAGGAUGAUGGCUAAGCUGUCAUCUGUCAUGAACAAUCUCUCUCACCCCCUUCAGAGCACUGUAACAGCACUGGUCAGCUUCUUCACCCACGGUGUGACAAAGAGAUACCACCGGUCCUUUCCGCCUCCUGCAGUCUGACUGUUUAACCAGGCCUGCUCCCAGUCGUCCAGUUUUUUAGCACAACCAACAGACAAUAACUCAAUGCUUACCUCCAUGUGCAAUAUUGACAGGCUAGAUAUUUAUCAAAGUUGCAAAUACCUCCUUUUUUCCCAGGUACAUUAACUCAAAUAUGUGCAACAAUAACAUUUCCAACUCUUUUUUGUUCACUGAGUAGAACCGUUUAUUGUUGUUGCUUAAUUUUUUUCUUUUUUUUUGUAUAUAACAUUUUCUGUAUCUGGUCAAAGUAAACUUUUUUAUCGUUAUCUGUGCACUGUGUGAAAAAUGACUGUACUUAUUCUUCUAUGUUUGCUGUGCUGAUCUUUCGCUGCUGUUAACACCGCAAAUUUCCCCACUGUGGGACAAAUACAGGUUUAUCUCAUCUAAUCUUAUCUGUUACUGGAACUCGUGGUUUUACCUCUGUAAGAUUCAGGGUAGAGCACUCCAAACCAAACCAAACUACAGAUGAAACUGCGCAUCCUGUUAAGAUAAGGAACACGAGCAAGAGUUCGCAGCUGUCUAUGUGGUUUGAAGAUAAGGAGUCAUAUUUGCUGUUUCUUGCCAAUAAUGUUAAAUGUUGAAUUUCUGUUAAAACUUAAUUGGCAAGAAAACCCAAAUAUGACUCAUUCUUCUAUGUCUCUACGGGGUAAACAGUGUUCAAAAGCUUACCCUUUUGGUGAUCUAUCGAGGGUUUCCAGACAUUUCUACACCUGCUGCAGGGUUUACAAUCCAGCCACAAAAACAGGUGUUUGAUCAGAGACGUUUGAUGGUAAAUCUGCAGUGAUAUACCGGUGAAAACAGGAUUAUUUAUCAGAUUGUUGUGAUAAAAAAAGAUCGCUAUCACUAAAUGCCGCUAAUGUCUUCCGGGUUUAACAAGCUGUUUUGAUGACGUCUUUUCUAUCAAACUUUCGACCAAUUACACGGUUUCAUAUUCUUCUUCUAUUGUGUCCAAUAAGAGGCAACCAAAGAUCAACAAGAGACAUGAAAGUUCCCUGCUUGUCUGCAAAAUCAGAAAUAAUGGUCCUCAAUGCUUGGAAACAAGCAGAGAAGAGAUUCUGAGCAGUAUGAUGUGACCCUCUGUCUCAUCUUAGACAGGAACUGCUUCAAGGAGCGACAUAAACAUCUGUAAACAGUAAAAAACACCUGGAAGAAUGAGUGUAAAUAUGUCAAUAGUUUCUGUUGUGUGUUUGUUCCAAUCCCAAUAUUUCUUCUCCUGAUAGCCAAGACAUGAGAGAAUGAUGUGCAGGUGAGAAAAGGCUUGGUCACUGUAGAUUUUUAUGUAAAGUACUGUUGGUAUUAAUGUCUGUUUUUGUUUUUUGGUUGACUUUGAUGGUUUUGAAUCUACUGUCACUUUCAUUUUACAUAAUCUUUGCUCCAUAAACUGACAGCUGAGGUUGUCCUGAAAAUAAGAUGUGUAUAUAUUUGCUGUGCUUGAAAGGAUGGAGUUGCAAAAAGAGCAAAAUAUAGCUGGGAGUUCUAAGGGUCAAGUUUCAAAGAGGGACCCUGAAUUAAAGUCGAGCGAAAUCACUGAUGAACACGGAGUCUGAAGUCUUACCAGACCGUCAGUUUGCCUGUUGUUCACCUGGAAAGCAUUUGUGUCCCUCUGUUCUUACCAUCCCUCCCUCAGUGGAUAACAUGAGUGAAGUCAGCUCCCUGCACGAUGGCUUGGACCCUCGGGGUCGUGGAGGUCGAUCCCAGCCACCAGCCCUAGCUACAGUUUAUGACCGCGAUGAAGCCAUGAGCACCAUCAGCAGCGUCUCGCAGCAAGGACGCCGUGAUGACUACCCGCGCCGCGGCGGAGGGUACAUGGGGGAGCGUGCACGUGCCCGCUCCAUGGACAACCUGGAUGAUAUUGGACGGCGCUACGGCCGAGAUGACUAUCCUCCGCACCGACGUCCAGAUGAGCCAAGAGGCAGGAGAGGGUGAGUACUACUCCCUGACAGCACUGAUCACACCUUUGAGCACAACACCUGACCAGCAUUUCCACGGUAACGCUUUUUCCAAUCGUCAGUGAAGACAAACCAGAGCUGCAGGAGCUUCUUUAAGAGUUAGCGAGCUUGAAGUGAGGUCACAUUCGAGCUUUAGUACUUGACUAGUCAGAAACUCUUCUCAGCAGCUGAUCUUUUCCCCGCCCUCUGUCCCCUCAGGUCAGAUGACGGGUGGAGCAGCAGCGCUCGCAGUGGCCAUGACCGCGACUUUGACGACCGCAGCCGACGUGACUACUCCCCCGAUGAUCGCCGAAGAGGAGACAGAGGAGGCUACGGCGGCCUCCCGGGGAGACGCAGUCGGAGCCGCGAUGAUCUGAUGGACCUGGAAAGGGAUCGGGACAGGCGACCCGGAGGCGGUGCCAGGGGCGGACGAGACGAUUACGAUGACAGCUUCCUGCGGGAAGCAAUGGAGAGGAAGAAGCUGGGUGAGCAGCAGAGGGCUCGUAGCCGGGAUCGACUGGACAGCGAGAGUGACCGCUCAGAUCGGGGUAGGGCGCCGCGUGGGCCUCCGCCGCUUCCUAUGAGCCCGCCAUCAGGGUUUCCUGGGCGCCGUGAUGACUACCCACCCCCUCCACCUCCACCUUACAGUGAUGAUGAAAGUUUGACGUCAUCUAAGAAGAGCAACCUCCGGAAGGUGAGUGACAGCUGAAAUGAGUAACACGGUAAUUCCCGGGGUUACUCUGAGUUUAAGUCAAAACAGAAAUCAGGUCAUAAUAUGAGUAAGAAAAAUGUAAUCGCUUCAUGGCGAGGAUUCUCUAAAUGACCAAAGACAUUAAGAUGGCGAGCUGAAAAUGUUUCGGUAUUACUGUAGAACUUUAUUUAAAGACAGACCUGACCAUCUUUUCAACUUUCUUUAGUAGCUUUCUGGUCUCGGACAAAAACACUGUCUGGAAAUGAUGAAAAUUGUAGCUUCAGUGAACGACCACGAGGAAGAAGCUGUUUUUCCUCGAUUUUAAUUAUCAACAAAUCUCAUGAAAAACACGCUAACAAACAGUAAAUCCAAGCUACCAACAGGGGAUGCAUGUCGCUCAAUUAUUCAUAAUCCUUAAACGUUUGUGCAAAAGAAAAAACAUGAUUAGCCACUGAGUUGCACCAGCUAUCAUGUUUUUGUAAAUACCUCGCAGCUCCCCUGAAACUUAACGAACUUAAAGCUCAAAGCUGCUGUGAGGAAAUUUUGGUUAAUGUGAAUUCUGGCAUGAGUGGGAUCCCUUUUCUCACUCAUCCUUGUAAAAGCCUCUUCCUCUUUGUCCGGUACACUAAAUGAAUGACUCACGGUGAGUUCACUACAAGAAGAGGAAAGGAAAGCUGUUUCUUCAGCCUGCUGUCAGUCACCUGGUCUGAUACGUUCCCCCUUAAGGUCGUUUCAGGUCACAAAAAAUCCCUUUUAGAGAAAUCAUCACCCUGUUGGCUGUUUGUCUCCAGUAACAGGUUCAGUCUAUUUCUCUAUUAGUUAAAAACUCCUCAGAAUGCAGAUAAAGAAGCUGAUAAAUGAGAACUUAAAAUAAAUAAUAAAUAAAUAGCAUUAUCAGUCUUAAAUACCGUCACUAAAUGUUAAAUGAGGAUUUGAAAUCAAUUUUUUUGAACUCACCUGAUAUGUUCAAAUUAUAAAAGUGCAGAGCUGACAUCGAGUAAUCACAAUCCAUCUCCCUUCCAUUAACUCUUGUUCAGCUCAAAAACAUGAACUUUUGUGGCAGGCGAGGUGCGACACAUAAAAAAUAUCUAAUAAUUAUUAUUAUUAUUCAUUUUAUUUGUAUAGCGCUUUUCAUGAUACUCAAAGACACUUUACAUUAAGCACACAAUUUGAAUAUAGCAAUAAAAUAAAUAUAAAUAAAUAAAAUAGUCACAUGUUAAAAGCAGUUUUAAAAAGGUGGGUUUUCAGAAGGGAUUUGAAGGAGGGCAAGUCAGUGCAGGAUCUGAUAUGGACGGGGAGAGAGUUCCAGAGGGAGAGUGCGGCAAUGGAAAAGGCCCUGUCCCCCAAGGUUCGAUGAGUCGUUCGGAGGGGUGAGGACAGAAGGUUGGCAUUGGAGGAGCGGAGGUUGCGGGGGGAAUUGUGGCGGUGGAGCAGGUGCUGAUGUAUUUUUUAGUCCUACUUGAUCGAGGAACACAUUUUGAUUUAACAGAAUUUAUGUCCUUUCCCUGCUUUUAUUCUUCAAGUCGAUGUUUACUCUUUUGUUUACAGAACGGAGCCGUGAGUCGGGAGAGCCUGGUGGUGUAAAGACGGACCGGGACGAGAGCGACGUGUCCAGUCCUGCAGCUUUUUAUGAAUCCCUGAGAGGAAACGACUGUAAAUUUGACACCAAACUGUUAAUUACUGAGCUGAUUUUUAAGUUGAAUUAUUUACACUAAGCUUGUAACUGAUGCUGAAUGUGUUUGACAUCUUUUUUCAUAGGGAGGAGGUGCACAGAUGAGGUGCCUUUUCAUGUGUAAAAAACAUUGUGGCUGCCACAAGUGCCUUAAAUCUGUACAGAGUUUUAGUUUUAGAUUUUAAAGUCAAGAUGAUAAAUCUCUCUCUGUGAAGGUUUUUAGAUCUUGACGAGUAAAUGUGUCUUAAUUUGCUCUAUCUGUAAUGUUUUUUUAUCAUACCUUUUUAUAGUUUUAGUCAGUGUGUAGAUUCGUCUGGGUCUCUGGAUUUUUCUAGCUUUCUAUUUGUGAAACAUUUUUUUAUACAUAUAAGUAAAAGUUUGUACAUCUAAAUUGAAACUGAUUUGAACUUUGCUCUUAGAUGUGUAAGAGUGUGCUCAGUGUUUUAGCCUCGUUUGUGUUUGAGAAUACGUAUUCCAGUUUGCUUUUUUUUAAUACAAAUAAUUUCAAUUUUAACCAGCUUUAUAUUGUACAGUUUACCACAACCUCAAUAUGCAAAUGUUUAUUGUGCUGUCAUGAAAACGAAUUUUACAAUAAAGAUCUCUAUUGUCAGA